GUAAUGCAACAAAGGACUUACACCGGAUGUCAGUACUAAAUCUAAGUAGUUAGUCUAUCGUACAUCUUACUUAAUCCGACAAAUAACCGGUUACACACUACGCGCCUUUUUACACUGAUCCCAAAUCGAGAAGAAUCUAGUUUCACGGAAAUAUUAUGACUUGUGGAAAUAAUGUGGUGUCUGCUGGUUGUGUUAGUGUUGUUCUGUUUUCCAUUUGUUUGUUUCUGUCAGAGUACGAGACGUAACACAGGGGGAGUAACUGAUGGCGUGAAAGAGGUUUGUCAUGGUAAUGGAAAGACAACAAAGAUCGAUCUCGUGGAAGGGGAAAGCGGAAGUCUGCGGUGUGACGUCACAUUAAACUACACCUCUGACCUGGAUAUUCGGUGGUUUGCCAGUAAUAACAAGAAGGAAAACACAUUUCUAGAUAUCACUGGGGAAGAACUGAAAAUAAGCAACAUAUCCAGAUCAUGUGUGCCUAGAACAUUUCGUUGUGAAAGUGUAAUUUCCGGCAGAUCAGUUUGCAAUCAAACAUUUGAAACAAAAGUCCUAGGUCCGCCAUCACUUUAUAUCUACAUGGAGAAAGAAGACAACAUGAUUAAAACAAAAAUGUAUAAGGAUCAUCUCAAAAUUGCCUUGGAUAAGAGUUCAGCUAAAAGAGGAAUUAUCUGCUCAGUGGACUCAUAUCCGGUUUCUAAUAUCACGUGGUACGAGCCAUUAAGACAUAAUGGUGCUGACAUGAUUAUGGGAUAUUUACUUUGGAAUAAGGAUAAAGCUGUGAAGAACCAGACCUUUGGAGGUACAGUGGACGGUUAUCGAUUUGAAUUUAAAGAAAACAUAAAUUUUCAAAAUAUACUCUCAACUCGAGACCUGGUGAUGAAUAUUCAGGUCGGUGACACACCCGAUUACAAUAGGACGUAUACCUGUAAGGCUGAAAAUAAAUACGGUUCUGAUUCAUGGAAUAUAAGAAUUGUGGAAGAUUAAAUCUAAAUAUGGAAUAAAUAAUUAAACGAUUAA